AUGGUUUUCAAAACAAAACUGCUGCUGCCAGUAGCCUUAGGACUGUCGAUAGUUACUGUGACAGCAUUCAUAGCCUAUUACAUAUUCAAAAAGGAUGAGGAAGAAACAAAUGAGAAUACAAUAAAGGCAUCAAGAGUAAACAUAAUUGAAGUGUCAGUGCCUAAGUCUAUUGUUCCAGCACUUAUUGGUCGCAGUGGCGCAAACAUAAAAGACAUCGAAAGGAAAACAGGUGCUAUGAUCCAUUUCAAGAAGUUCAGCGACAAGGAGUACGACGUUUGCAUCAUCAGGGGCCGAAGUGAGGCGACGCAGCUCGCGGAGACGAUGAUACACGAAUUCAUAAAACAGCAGCCGGUUUUCGAGGAGGACAGCAUGACGGUCCCAGCGUGGGCAUGCGGCAGGAUCAUAGGCACCGGGGGUGAGAACAUAAAUGACAUAAGCCAUAGGAGCGGCGCUCGCGUCAAGAUCGAAUCCGGAACCGCGGGUGACGUCAGCGGCCAGCGUCAGAUCUCAUUUCGUGGCACCAAGGAACAGAUCGGCGUGGCCAAGGGACUCAUAGAGACGUGUGUGGCGCAGGAGAAGUGCCGCCGCGAGAUAGAGCAGUCGAAGCGCACCCCACGCGUGGCCAUCCCGCCGCCCACGUCCCACGCCCAGCAGGAGACCCCAGGUAGACCUGCCCUCACACGUGCCAAGUAUAAGCGGCCUGAGCCUUCGGUGCCGUCCAUCGAAGUGUACGUCUCCGCCGUGUCGUCGCCGUCCCGUUUCUGGGUGCAGUUCGUGGGCCCCCAAGUGGCGCAGCUGGACGACCUGGUCGCCCACAUGACCGAGUACUACGGCAACAAGGAGAACAGGGAGGCGCACGCGCUGAAGCAGGUCUGCGUGGGCCAGGUGGUGGCGGCCGUGUUCCGCCACGACGGGCGCUGGUACCGCGCGAGGGUCCAAGAGAUUAGGCCCAACGAGUUCGACGCGACGCAGCUGGUUGCGGACUUGUUCUUCCUGGACUACGGCGACAACGAGUACGUCGCCAUACAAGAGCUCUGCGAGCUACGUGCGGAUCUGCUGCGUCUGCGGUUCCAGGCGAUGGAAUGUUUCCUGGCCGGCGUUAAACCUGCGGGAGGCAGCAACCAAUGGCACUCGCAGGCCGUCGAGCGAUUCGAAGAGUUGACGCAGGUGGCACGAUGGAAGCCCCUGUUGUCGAAAACCUGCACGUACAAGAAGUCGAUCGCCUUUGGCGGCGAGAGGGAGAAGGAAAUACCCGGAAUCAAACUUUUCGACGUCAGCGAAGGCGGGUCGACGCUGGACAUCGCGGAGGCGCUGGUGGGCGAGGGCUGGGCGGAGGAGAGCAGCAGCCCGCGCUCCUCGCCGCCGCCCCACCGCCCCGACACGCCCUUCGGCGACCUGGGCAGCUCCAGGGUGCUGGGCAUGCUGCCAACCGCCCGCUCUUCGUCCUUGCCGAAGGACCACAAGGACGAUCGCAGCGAACAGAACUCAAAGCCGGAGCUGCUUAAAGACCUGAACCCGAUGUCGCCGUCGAAGUCCCUCUCCUCAGGCCUGGAGUCGACGGACAAAUUAAAGUCCGUGUCGAACUGCGACCUCUCCUACUCCGAGCUGGGGAUUCCCCCGCAGCUGAACGGCUCCCGCGAGGAGUUUCUCACCAUGGAGAGGAACAACCUGGCCCAGGAGUCGGAGGUGGCCGCGCCCAACUCCUCGCCGAGGUCCCGGGACGAGCUGAAGGCGAACAUGAACCGGAUCGACUCCCACCACAGCAACCUGGAGGCCCUGUCCCGAAUGCAGCAU